AUGAACAUACUGAUAGAAACUUCAAGUAUAAGGCCUGAGGAUAUUGAGAAGAUAGAAUAUGACAGAGCCUCGAGUAUAGUAACAAUGAAGUCUGAUGGAAAGGAAUAUAAAUACAAGGUUGAGGAGAGCGUUGAAACUUACAUUCUCAUCUAUGAGCAGCCAACAUUUGUAAGUAGGCUGGGAAGAGAAAUUAGAGAAUAG